AAAUCAAAUUGUUGGUUCAUGAAUCAACGUCAAGAGCCAAGUGUGUGUGUGGAUCAGGUCGCCGUCACCAAAGCCUUCGCCUACACACAUCAGAACCACCACCUCCAGGCUUCCCAGAUCCCAACAAGGGCUACCGCCCACCGGCCACCACCCCACGCGCGUCUCACGCCAUGGGCAGCGCGUCGUCCCCGCCAUCGCACAGGCGGUGGAGCUGGGGCUCGGCGCUGGCGGGCGCGGCGACGACGGCCGCCGCCACGGCCCUAGUGCUGUGCCGGCCGCGGGACCCGCGGUUCGAGCUCAUCUCCAUCAGCCUGUCCGCCUUCCACUUCCGCCCGCCGGCGGCGCUGGACAUCGGGCUCACCCUCACCGUGCACGCCACCAACCCCAACGUCGUGCCCGUGCGCUACGGGCCCUCCACCGUCUCCAUCCUCUACGGCGGCGCGCACCUCGGCACCGCCCGCCUCGACGCCGGCGAGCAGCCCGCCACCUCCUGCCGCCUGCUCCACCUCCCGGCGCGCCUCGACGGCGUCGAGCUCGCGCACCGCGCCCGCGCCCUCCUCUCCGACGUCGCGCGCCGCCACAUGGAGCUAGACGCGGCCGUCGAGAUCGCCGGCGAGGCCGCGGUGCUGCUCUGGUCCCGCCCCUUCUCCGUCCGCAUCGACAGCCACAUCACUGUCGACCCCGUCUUCCUGGAGGUCGUCGAGCAGGAGAACCGCUCGGAGAUGCAGCUCUACCUCGCUUGAAUUUUUUUUACCAACUAGACUAGAGUAGAUGCGAUGCCCAAAGAUCAUAUCAAGUCUAGUCAAAAACCCUAUCGCUUAUCUUGUGCAGUGCUCAAAAUGCAAAACCUUAUCAUUUGUUCGCACAAUGCAAUGCAGCAUUCAGACUCCAGUGCAAUUCUUGGGCAAAUUUCUGAUGCUCUAC